AUGGGGUCUUGUUGAACAAGUGAAAAGGAAAAACAUGAAGCUAAAGUUGGAGAAGGAAGACAGAAACAUUCUAAAUCUUUUGAUGAAAGUCCAGCCAAAAAGAAACAAAAAGAAAAGAUUCCUUUAAUGGAAGCUCCCAACGACCCUCAAAAGAAGAACAGUAAAAAUUUUGAAAGAAGCAACUCAAGAUAAACCCCAAAGUUCACAGAAGAGGCAGCAUCAUCAUAAUUUUC